UAUAGGCGAAAAUAUCUGUUGGAUCCGAAAUAUAUGAUGAAACGAGAUCUCCAACAUUAUUACCGGUACUAUCACAGCUCGGACAAAAGUCGACUUAAUUGUAAAAAAAUCUUAUUUAUUAUAUUGUGUGUAUGUUUUUUCGCAUAUCUAUUCGUGGAUUACAAUAUUCGUACAAAAAUCAUUAAAUUUCGGGAUCGUUUCGAAUUUAUAGCUCGAAUUGAAUCACAGUAUAACGUUAGCCAAACCUAUUUUGUAAACACUCCAGGUUGCCACAUUCCACAUUUUGAUGUGACUAACUAUCGAUUAAUGCAAUAUAUGGGAUUACCACCAAAUCUGACUUGCAAGAAAGCUAUAACCCGAGCAAGCGAGGUGGGUUCACGUUUAUGGUGGACCAUAACCGACGAAGAAUUAAUGUUUUAUUAUAAAAUAAAUGAUACCAGCAACAUCAAUUGCAACUAUAGUCCGCUAAAACACAACUACAAAAUUUCAACUAGUACAUUUGGCGAUGUAGUUCCAUUCAAGUUGCUUUUCAACCAGUCUAUUGAAAUUGCACCCGAAAUAGAAUUUAUACGAGUUCGUUGCUCAGAAAAACAUAGACAAUACUUCUAUGAAGACUACCACUUUUUUGCUGUAAAUAAAACACAACCAAGAACGAAUUAUUUUGCGAAAAGUGAGAAAAAUAAAAUUAAUAAAAGGGUAACAAGAGUUAAAAAAAAAGAAAACUUCAGUGACUACUUACAUGUAAGGGACGAUGACAUAAAGGAGUCUACACAACAGCUUUCUAUAAUGAUUUUAGGAAUUGACAGUGUGUCACAUUUAAACUCUUUGCGUUAUAUGAAGCGUACUGUGGAUUACAUUCGAAAGCACUUAAAUUAUGUUGAGUUUUGGGGUUUUAAUAAAGUGGGUGACAAUGCCUAUUCCAAUCUAAUUCCACUUCUUACUGGCCUCGCUGCAGAUGAGUUGAAAUUAUCUUGUACGCGGGCAAAAAAAUUACACUUCACUGAAUGUCCAUUUAUAUGGAAACGAUUCAAAGAAGCAGGAUAUAUGACUUCGUUUCUCGAAGAUGUCGCUCGAACCAGCCUUUUCAAUAUGGACACAAUUUUCAGUCAUCCCCCCACCGAUUAUUAUAUACGCCCCGUUGUUAUGGAAAUGGAGAAUCAUAUUGGUUAUUAUUACUCCGUUAGCGUUAAUUUAUGUAUGGGAGGGCGACGCACAAUUGAUUUGGUACUCGAGAUGAUCCAUAAGCUGAAUCCAUUCCUUCAAAAAGAAAAUUUCUUUUCAUUCUUUUGGCUUGCAUCCAUGACUCACGACUUUAUAUAUAUGCCAAAAUUACUGGAUAAUGAUUUUGUUAAUUUAUUUGAGCAUUUCCAAGAAACUGGGAUUUUGAAUAAGACAAUAAUUCUUCUGACGAGCGAUCAGGGCUUACGCUGGGGCUCAUUUCAUGGAACAUACCAAGGUAUGAUGGAAGAACGACAACCCUUACUCAUAGCCAUUUAUCCGUCAUGGUUUAAGCAAAGGUAUGCCGAAGCUGUUGCUAAUCUGGAAAUCAAUGCCAAACGAUUAAUAACUGCCUAUGAUGUAUAUGCGACAUUUUUGGAUGUACUUAAUUUACAUAAUUUGCAACCAUCAACGUUAAAGGCCCGCUCUAAAGAGCUCCAUGAUUUUGAUACGAUUCCCAGAGGUAUUAGUCUAUUUCUUCCUGUACCUGAGACCCGCACUUGUGAAAACGCAGGUAUUGCUUCGUACUGGUGCACAUGCUAUCAAAGAACCGAAAUGCCAACGAAUGAUGUACGGGUGCAGGAAGCGGCCCGUUAUGUGGUCAAAUUAAUCAACGAACAAUUGAAACCGUAUCCACAAUGCAGGAUACUUUAUUUAAACUCUAUACUGGAUGCAGUUUUGUUGGCACCCCAUUAUACUAUUAUCAAGGAAGUUAACGAUGAUUAUGCUAACGACAUUUCUUUAAGAUUGCAAACUAAACCUGGAUUGGCAGUAUUUGAGUCAACGGUACGUAUAUCAGGGUAUACAAAGAGGCUUACAGGCUCUAUAACCCGGCUUAAUUUAUACGGAAGUCAAAGCUAUUGUAUAAAUAUGGAUACACUUAAAAUGUAUUGCUAUUGUCACAGAUAAAAAGUAUUUACAAUAAAACUACCAUAAAAUAUCUCAAAUGCAACUUAAAACAAGCAAUAAAAACAUUACUUCUGUUUGAAAAGAGAUAAAGAAAUAAUUAAACAAAAGCAUCUACUUAAAUAAAUACACAUAUGAACGUAUCAGUAUAUACCUAUCUAAUUUUUUAAAAUAGGUUUAUAGCACUUGAAAGCAUUUUAUUUGUAAAAACAAACAAGUAGUUAUUUAAUAUUUUAAAAUUUAUCAAAUUUUAAAUUAAAAUAACUGAUUUAUGACGUUGUUGAACAACGUUCAUUAGAAUAAAUGUAUAGUACAUAUACAUGCGUAAGUAUGGGCCAAAAAUAGUAAUAGAAAUUUCUUCAUUAUCAUUUGACUGUAAUAUAAUAAUACAUACUCUCAAAGCAGUUAUCUGGGAAAUACAAAAAAAAUAUUUUUAUGCGUAGUGCCAAAAAAUCUAUAGGGAUCCUCAUCAGCAACUCAUGUUUUUUUUAAACUUGCCCAUGGUUUUUUUAUAUAACGGGUCUUAAAAAUCUUAAUAUUUGUACUGCAAGAUAUUCGUGCCCAUCAAAUCAAAGUAUGAUUUAGUUCUUCUUCUAAGGUAUUGUUAGCAAAUUAAAAUCUUCGACUCAGAGUUUUUCGUGAAUAAUCAUUGCUGUUCAGUACAUAGUAUAUUGCAAUCGACCUGAAACAUUUAUAGUAACAUAAAAUUAUGUAUAAGUGAGUUUAAAUAGGUAAAAUCUUGAACACACUGUAAUAAAAGUAUCAUAAAGCGAUAAAAGAGGGAGAUAUAUUAAACUCGAUGGACAUGAAGCUAUUGUUAGAAAAUUUCGAUGGAAAUUAACUUACCAAAAACAAAACAGGUUGGUAGAUAAUUAUUAUCUCGAGAACUAUCAUUCACCUCAUAUUUCAUGCUUUCUGACUAUCGUAACGUUUUUCAAGCAGAAUUUUUAAAAUAGAAGUCGCUUUCAAACUCUUGGUUUUCAGGCAUCGGAAGUGCAACAUUUAAAAAGAGACACAUUUUAUAAGGAAACUUUUCUUUCAGUCAUUAAUGAAUUGAAUAGUGCACUUUAAAACAAGCUUUUCGCUUACAAGGUUAACGAGCGAUUUAAUUUUAUUGGUCAGCUAAUACAAAUAAAUCAGAUGAUUUCGAAAUUUCUUGUGAAAAUAAACCCAAGGACGUAAAAGCGUCCUUAGAGAAUCUAUCCACUCAACACUAUUGUAAAUCUUUAUACAAAAGCGAAAACGAAUCAAAAUGCAUUUUUUGAGUGAUAAACGAAUACGAAUACAUUAUAAAUAACCCAAAAUUCAUCAAAAUAUAAACAGAAAAUUCCUGAGAAAAAGAAAAAACAACUGAUUUUGACAUUAUGGAUUCCAACAGAAAAUAUAUUUUUUGAGUGAUAACCCCAACACCAAAAAAUGGUUUUUUGGUUUUCUCAUGUUUAUAUUUUGAUAAUUGCGCGUUGUUUAAAGAUAUAUUUUCAUGGGUUAAAAUCUUUAAAAAAUUAUUUUAGAAUUUCAAAAACAAAACAAAAUUGCUACUUUUGAUAUUAUGAGUUAAAACAAUCUGUUGGGUACUCGGCUUAUAAGAAAAUAACCAAUUUAAUCUUAAACUAAGAUUUCAAAAGCCUAUUAAAUGUUUGUCGCGUCGUAAAUUUAUUGUUAUUAUUUUGAAAACUUCAAAUCGACAAAGCUUUUUAAUGAUAAGGUCCGUAACGAGAAGAUAUCUGGCAAACUGAUAAAGUACAUCAACAUCCAAUCUAAUCCAAACUCAAUUAGAGAAUGAGUCAUUGUAGAACGAAGAAAGAAAGAAGUUAACUAAAAAUAACAGCUCCCCCAUAAUCGACAAUGUACAGUUCUUCCUAAAGUGAACUGUAGUGAAUUGUACAGAGCAUCGGUCAUUUCGUAUUCAAAAUUAAAGAAACAGUGUAGUAUGAUAAAAUGUAUAUAUUAGUAUUAUAUUUUUGAUAAAAAAAA